UUUGAUUGACUAAAAAGCUCCGUGUGCUCUAAAAAGGACAGGUUGGUUUUUAUUAGAAUCUGGUAGAACUUCGAAUCGAUUAGAAAUCUAGAUCUAGCCUACACAGUGUCAAAAUGUUUGCUGCCUGUAUUGUUGGCCUUCUAGCCGGGCUUAUUUACUUAGCUUAUUUCUAUCGGGACAAGCGCGUGAAGGAACUCAUAGACAACAUUCCGGGACCAGAUCCUUUACCAAUACUUGGCAACGCUCACCAACUUUGUUUUGGACAUGCUUGGUAUCGGCAGCUUCUGGAAUUCGGUGUAGACUACAAGAAGGAGGGUAUUGUACGGAUCUGGCUGGCUAACAAACCCAUAGUGGCCUUCUUUAAACCCCAAUAUGUGGAGGCGCUCCUAAGCAGCACGAAGCACAUUGACAAAGCAUCGGAAUAUAACUUCAUCCUGCCCUGGUUAGGCACUGGUCUUCUCACCAGCACCGGUGACAAAUGGCGCGUAAGGAGGAAGAUGUUGACCCCAACAUUUCACUUCAACAUCCUGAACGACUUUCUGUAUGUGUUCAACAAGCAGUCAGAGGUGCUCACGAAAAAGCUGGACGUCAAAAUGAAGCAAGGCUCAUUUAACCUGUUCCAAGAUGUUGCGCUGUGUGCUUUGGAUAUCAUUUGUGAGACCGCUAUGGGCAAGACCAUUGAUGCUCAGCAAAGUGAUUCUGAGUAUGUCCACGCUGUUUACAGAAUGAGCACUCUGAUAGAUGGGCGGAUGAGGAAGCCCUGGUUCUGGUCUGACCUGCUGUACAGCAUCAUCGGACAUGGGAGAGAACAUGCGGACAAGCUGAAAAUCCUCCACGACUUCACCAACUCUGUCAUUGCUGAUCGCUUGAAAGAUUUUGACCAGAAACAAGCUGAACUUGUGAGGAAGGAAUUGACUGGAGAAGCUGUGGAGCCUGGACACAAAAAGGUGCGGCUAGCCUUUUUGGACAUGCUGUUGUACAUGUCGGAGAACUUGACCAAGUUAGACAUUCAAGACAUACGGGAAGAAGUGGAUACUUUCAUGUUUGAGGGUCAUGAUACAACGGCAGCAGCUAUGAAUUGGGCUACACACCUUAUCGGAGCCAACCCAGAAGUGCAGGCCAAAGUGCAUGAGGAGUUGGACAGAGUAUUUGGAAAUGAUGACAGAGAUGUGACUGCUGAGGAUCUCAAGGAAUUGAAGUAUCUGGAGUGUUGCAUCAAGGAAGCUUUGAGGCUUUUCCCUUCUGUGCCUUUGUUUGCCCGAUCAAUCACUGGUGACCUUCAACUUGGAGAAUACACAAUCCCCAAAGGCACUACAGUUGUUGUAGUGACCACAGCUCUUCACCGGGACCCAGAGAUAUUCCCUGACCCAGAAGUUUUCAAUCCAGAAAGAUUUUUGUUGGAAAACUGUAAGAACAGACACCCCUAUGGCUAUGUGCCUUUUUCAGCCGGACCUCGCAACUGCAUUGGACAAAAGUUUGCUUUGAUGGAGGAGAAAACUGUUUUGUCGCAUAUAUUCAGGAAGUUUUCCGUCAAGUCCACUCAGCAGAGAGAAGAUUUGAGGCCUGUUGGAGACCUUAUCUUGAGACCAGAAAUAGGAAUACUAGUUGAGCUGAAACAUCGCACCAAGGCAGCCUAAGACUCAGGGACUGGCAGCAUGGUAUUAAUGGAAUCAUAAUGUAGCUCUCUUGUUAAAUUUAUAUUUACCUUGUGAGUGCAGACAAAUGGUGACAUAUUUACAGCAGAACACGGUUAUAGCGGGACAUUUUGGUUCCAGAAGAAAAAUCCCGCUGUAGGCAAGUUCCGGCUAAAGAAAUGCAAAGGGGAAAUUACCAAAAA